AUGAAGCUCAACUUCUUUGUUCUCGCAGCUGCUGCAAUCCAAGUCACCUCCGCCCAGUUCACCUGGCGUUACUACCAAAGCGGAAGCUGCGGCGGUUCCAGCUCCAGCUGCAACAACCUAGGCUACAACAUCUGCUGUCUCGCCCCCUCCUCACCCCUCUUCUACCACAGCGUCAAGGUCUUCACCAACGGCCAAGCCGGCGUAGCCAUCUUCACCUACUCCAACAGCGGCGGCUGCAAUGGCUGUCAAUUCGCCGGAUCUCUGGACCACUGCUACAACAACGACAAUCCCUUCAACACCGGAUACGUUUCAACCUCCACAGCAUGCCGCCGCAUCGCAGCAGCCGAUGUCGAUGAGCGCACCCAGGCUCUCGACGGCUUGAUGGCCAAACAACCAUUCACGCACGCCUCUGCCCAACGUGCUUCGGAGUGCAAGAGCGUCGCCGAGCCCGAUACCGUUACCACCGCUUCGGGCAAACACUACGAUGUCACCGGCCCGCUCAAGGACGUUAUCACCGCUGACUUGGCGAACUUGUCUGGUGCUGAUUUCGAGGCGAAGUGGGUUUCCGUUUUGAGAACCCCGGAGAGUGCGAGGGCUCUUGGGCUUUCUGCUUAG